AUGUCUUCUGGUAACGUUGGUUCUGAUAUUGGUUCUGGUGUAGGUCGUGGUGGUGGAGCUGGUGGUUCUAUUAGAGAGGGUGGAGGUGCAUUUGGAAAGUUGGAGGCUGCACGUGAAGAGGAGUAUUUCUAUAAAUUGAGUAAAGAACAAAUACAAAAAAUGCACGACCAUUUGGUAAAAGAAAUUGAUUCAGCUAAGGAGCAAGCUAAAAAACAUAACGAAGCAAUCAAACGUAAUGAGGAUAUGUUGAAAGCUUUACAAGAUCAUUCAGAAAAGUAUCAUGAAUAA